AUGCGUUUCUCCUCUGCCCUCGCCGUCAUUACUGCUCUAGCAUCAUCAACCUCUGCCAUCCCCGUUACCGGUGAUGAGGCUAGCGCCGAUAAAUGUCGCACGUUUUGCACUCAUACCUCACAAUGCCAGAGCGACGACUGCUAUUACAAUGCGUGCAUACUCUUUACGUGCAACGUGAGUCGUGUUUUUGCUUUCAUAUCGGUGCAGUAUGGCAGUUGACACUGACGGGCGAAUUACUAGUGAUUUACAGAGUUGGUCAAUGCGCAUAAGGAAAUUACAUGUCCACUUCAUGCAGCUCUUCGCAUAU